AUGAUGGACAGUAUGGAUGGAACGCAAUUUCAAUGUGCUACAACAACUUGUUUACCCUAUGUUACAAUUGCUGUAUCCGAUAUUCUUCAGUGUCAAACGACUUGUUUACAGCAAGCUCAAUGCAAAGUUGCUAGUUAUCGUCAGUCAACUUCUAGUUGUCAAUUGUUUACUAACGACGUGAAUCAAGGCAAUACUUUGGAAGCAGCUAUAGGCAUUGUUACUAUGGCGGUCAUUUCUGGCACACGAACACCGUCUGAACCAUCCAUGACAUCAAUAUCAGCCUCCAUCGUAAGCUCAUCGUUAGCAACCCUGCCACCAUCAACACCAGCAACUCCAACAACACCAAUAUCAUCAACAUCAACCGCCAUCUCAGGCUCACCGUCAACAGGCCUGCCAUCAUCAACCCCAGCAACCCCAACAACACCAAUAUCAUCAACAUCAACCGCCAUCUCAGGCUCACCGUCAACAGGCCUGCCAUCAUCAACUCCAGCAACAUCACCAACCACGCCAUCAACAACUGAAAGCACAACCUCAUCAACAUCAAGCUCAACAUCGUCAAUGGCAACAACUGCAAGCACAACUUCAUCAACAUCAGCCUUCAUCUCAAGCUCAUCGUCAGCAAGCAUGCCAUCAACAACUGAAAGCACAACUUCAUCAACAUCAAGCUCAACAUCGUCAAGGUCAACAACAUCAACGUCAACAUCAUCCUCAUCCUCAUCAACAUCAAGAUCAACCUCAACAUCAUCAACCUCAACAUCAUCAACGUCAACGUCAACAACAUCAACGUCAACAUCAUCAUCAUCAACAUCAAGAUCAACCUCAACAUCAUCAUCGUCAACGUCAACAACAUCAACCUCAUCCUCAUCAACAUCAAGAUCAACCUCAACAUCAUCAACGUCAACGUCAACAACGUCAACGUCAACUUCAACCUCAACGACAUCGACGUCAACGUCAACAUCGACAACAUCAACUUCAACCUCAUCGACAUCGACGUCAACCGCAUCAACGUCAACGUCAACAUCAACAUCAACCACAGCUUUUGUAUUCCCCAACCUGUACCCAAAUUUGCAAAGCUACGCAACUGGUACUUAUCCAUAUUCAGUAGCAGUCGGUGAUCUAAACCAUGAUAGCAAUCUUGACAUAAUUACCGCAAACUAUGUUGGAAACACAGUUAGUGUCCUUCUCAAUCUAGGCAACGGCACAUUUUCUAAUCAAACUGCCUACGCAACUGGCUCUGGUCCAUAUUCAGCAGCAGUCGCUGAUGUAAAUCUUGAUAGCAAUCUUGACAUAAUUGUCGCAAACUCUGGUAACAACACAGUUAGUGUUCUUCUCAAUCUAGGCAACGGCACAUUUUCUAAUCAAACUACCUACUCAACUGGCUCUGGUCCAUAUUCAGUAGCAGUCGGUGAUGUGAACCUUGAUACCAAGCUUGACAUAAUUGUCGCAAACUAUGGUAACAACACAGUUAGUGUUCUUCUCAAUCUAGGCAACGGCACAUUUUCUAAUCAAACUGCCUACGCAACUGGCUCUAAGCCAAAGUCAGUAGCAGUCGGUGAUGUGAACCUUGAUACCAAUCUUGACAUAAUUGUCGCAAACUUUGGUGGAAACACACUUAGUGUUCUUCUCAAUCUAGGCAACGGCUCAUUUUCUUCUCAAACUACCUACGCAACUGGCACUCAGCCAUAUUCAGUAGCAGUCGCUGAUGUAAACCUUGAUAACAGGACUGACGUAAUUGUCGCAAACUCUGGUGGAAACACAGUUAGUGUCCUUUUCAGUCUAGACAGCGGCACCUUCUCUUCGGCAAUUAGCUAUGCAGUUGGGAAUAAUCCCCAGUGUGUGGUGGUUAGUGAUGUAAACCUCGAUGGCAACGUUGAUUUAGUUACGACAAAUUAUAAUACAAAGAACGUUGGGAUUUUGUUUCAUUAUUAA